UCAGGCACAGUUGACCUUCAAGGAUGUGUUCAUAGAUUUCACUCCUGAAGAGUGGGAGUGCCUGGACCCUGCCCAGAGGACCUUGUACAAGGACGUGAUGGUGGAGACCCUCAGGAACCUGCUGUCUGUGGUGAUUACUGAGAGUUCAAUCCCUGCAUCAGAAAGAUCCCUGGAGAAGUAAAUGGCAACCCACUUCAGUAUUCUUGCCUGGAGAAUCCCAUGGACGGAGGAGCUGGCAGGCUACAGUCCAUGGGUUUACAAAGAGUCAUACAUGCCUGAAGCGACUUAGCACACACAUAGGCACUGAUUACUGAUAAUUUCCUCUCAUAGAGAAACUAAAGAGAUUUUGGAUUAUUAAUGAAUAUGUUUGCUGCUACCCUGAGAUGUUCUCCAUAAGAAAGCAAAUGUUUUUAGAAGUUAUCACUGGUAUUUAUGGUCACCAUUCUACAAAAUGCUAAUAUAAAGGACAGUUCAUGGUUGCUUAAGGAAAGUAAGAUUCAUGUUUUUAGUAACAAAAGCUAUGAGCAAUGAAAUUGAUUUGGGAUGCUCAUAGCAGUGAGUGGGAGCGAGCAGAAGCUGGAAGCAAGUUCUUAAUUUCCCAGAUCGAGACUCCUAACCCCUGGACCGCAGGAGCCAACAUUUAGGGCUACGGUCCCCAGUCUAGCCUGCCUAGUCAAGAACUAAUUCAGGUGAUGAGGCAGAAGAUAAAGAGUAAAGGAAAAAGUUUAUUGAAAGAAAAAGUACAUCUGGCAAGGCACAUGGGCAACCUCAGAGAGAGAGAGAGAGACGCCUUUAGGAAGUGUAAAUUCUUUACAAAGGGGCAGUUUUCCGGGUCUUCAUCUUCCCUCAGGCCAGUCACCUUGUUUAUUCGCCCUGGUUCAUUUGUCUCAGGACCCUCCCUGGAGUGUGCAUACACACCUUAGCCAAGUUGGAUCUCAAAGUGAAGGCUUCUGGGAGGAGCAAGACUCAUUAUGGCCUGGAAUAAUCCUGUGAGUUUUGGCUCCAAACAGCCUUUCUGGGCGUGUAUAGUGUCUCCCUUAACAAACAAGGUUUUAUCCUUUCUUUGUCCUUGCCAUAAUUAUUCCCUGAGAUUAGAGAAUGACUGUCUAUUUACCCUGUUUUUGUUGGGUGUAAAUUCCUCAACUGGAGCCCACGUAUCUCACGGAAUGCAAAGGGGAAGAUGACACCAUUCAAGACAUUUAACAUGGAGGCCAUCAGUCUCCUACCAAAAAAUUGCAUUUUUUUAGGGAGAAAGAAAGUAGGUCUGACUUACAGGUGGCUGUUUCUAAAUGAAGAAAAUGAUUUAAUUAGAAAGAAAAAAGAGUUUUUGUUCUAAGUGGACCCCCAGGAAAAGAGGUCCCAAAAGGCAAAGUCUUUAUAUGAUCUAUAACAAUCUGUCUUUUGACUCCUGUCAGUGUUGUUGCUUGACUAUGGGAAGCAUGUGAUGAGGUGUUUCAAAGGGAUCUAUUUCCUCUUUGUCCCCCUUCUGCGCUGGAUUCCAUCGGAUGCCUGAUUUUUGGUCCAUGUAGAACAGCGCUGACACCUCCAAAGUUUAUUUUGGACCCAGCCUGGUUCUCUUCCUAUUUGCUGCACUUGGGAGACCUCAUUGGAAGAAGGGAAAAGACUGGCAGCUCUUCGAUUGCAUUUGGUGUCUCAGAUCCUACACAGAGCUGCCUUCAACCUGUCUUCCUGUUCAGAGCCCUCAGCUGUUCCUGUUGUGACUUCUUUUGCCACAUGCUUCAGGGGUGUGUGUAACAGGAAUGUGGUUUGGAUCUUCUGUGAUUGUAAUUCAGGAAACCUGGAAGGACAGUGGACAUUGAGGUCCUCUCUUGGACAGGACCUGAAUUGAUGUGUUGUUGGUGCCUUGGAAACGAUUUCCAGGAGUAAGACAGUUACACAGUGUACGGGCUCUCUGCCUGUGCUCAGUAGUUGUGACUCCCGAACUCUGGAACACGGAGUUGUGGCCUACAGGCUUAGCUCCUCCAAGAUGUGUCUCAAAUACAUAUGAUCAAGAAAUUACAGGCAAAAGGAAACAGUGGUAAAGAAGAAAUUUUUCAAAGAGUGGUGUUUGGAAGAUCCAAAAGUCGUGAAAUCAAAGAUUUUUUCCUCAGGAAGAUACAAGAAAAUAUGCAUGAUUUUGAGUCUCUGUGGACAGAUGAUGAAAGAAAUGACAGAGAAACGUCUAUAUCCCACAGCAAAAAUCUCACCGAUAGAAGAGAUCAUGAUAGUAGAAGUGAUGCAGGAAAUAAGCCUGUUGAAAGGCAUAGAUCAAGCUUUCAAGAUCAGUUGCAGAUACUUGAAUCUGUAGGGACAGUUUCUGAAUGUCAUCAGGUUGUGGCAAAUAUCAACAGUAGCACCUUAGGUUUACCACCUCAGAGAACUCGUAGUGUCCGUAAAGGCAAUUCUCAUAAACGUGAGAGUGCUGUUAUGCAUCCCUCAGAACUGGGACCAGACCAGAAAGCACACAAGAAAAAAACUUACAGUUGUAAUAAGUGUAACAUGACUUUUCUUCAGGACUCAGAACUCACUAGACAUCAAAGGAUCCAUACAGGAAGAAAAGCAUAUAAAUGUAACAUAUGUUGUAAGGCUUUUAAUGAUAAAUCGACCCUUGUAGUUCAUCAGAGAAAUCAUACUGGAGAGAAACCAUAUAAAUGUGAUGUAUGUGGCCACUGCUUUAAACAGCAUACACACCUUCAACAUCAUCGGCGAGUUCAUACUGGAGAGAAACCAUAUAAAUGUGAUGUGUGUGGAAAGGCCUUUAGUCGAAAAGCAAGGCGUACAGUUCAUCAGACCCUUCAUACUGGAGAGAAACCGUAUACAUGUGAAGUAUGUGGCCGUGGCUAUACUCUAAAGUCACACCUUGGAAUUCAUUGGAGAGUUCAUACCGGAGAGAAACCAUAUAAAUGUGAUGUAUGUGGCAAGGCCUUUAGUGUAAAUGCAAGGCUUGUAGUUCAUCGGAGAGUUCAUACUGGAGAGAAACCAUAUAAAUGUGAUGUGUGUGGCAAGGCCUUUAGUGUAAAUGCAAGGCUUGUAGUUCAUCGGAGAGUUCAUACUGGAGAGAAACCAUAUAAAUGUGAUGUGUGUGGAAAGGCCUUUACUCGCAAGGAAAGCCAUGCACUUCAUCAGAUCCUUCAUACUGGAGAGAAACCAUAUACAUGUGAAGUAUGUGGCCGUGGCUAUACUCAGAAGUCAAUAUUUUUAAUUCAUUCGAGAAUGCAUACCGAAGAGAAACCAUAUAAAUGUGAUGUAUGUGGCAAGGCCUUUAGUGUAAAUGCAAGGCUUGUAGUUCAUCAGAGAGUUCAUACUGGAGAGAAACCAUAUAAAUGUGAUGUGUGUGGAAAGGCCUUUACUCGCAAGGAAAGCCAUGCACUUCAUCAGAUCCUUCAUACUGGAGAGAAACCAUAUACAUGUGAAGUAUGUGGCCGUGGCUAUACUCAGAAGUCAAUAUUUUUAAUUCAUUUGAGAAUGCAUACCGAAGAGAAACCAUAUAAAUGUGAUGUAUGUGGCAAGGCCUUUAGUGUAAAUUCAAGGCUUGUAGUUCAUCAGAGAGUACAUACUGGAGAGAAACCAUAUAAAUGUGAUGUGUGUGGAAAGGCCUUUAGUCGAAAAGCAAGGUGUACAGUUCAUCAGACCCUUCAUACUGGAGCAAAACCAUAUACAUGUGAAGUAUGUGGCCGUGGCUAUACUCGAAAGUCAAUACUUGUAAUUCAUUGGAGAAUGCAUACCGGAGAGAAACCAUAUAAAUGUGAUCUGUGUGGCAAGGCCUUUAGUCUAAAUUCAAGGCUUGUAGUUCAUUGGAGAGUACAUACUGGAGAGAAACCAUAUAAAUGUGAUGUGUGUGGAAAGGCCUUUAGUCAAAAAGCAAGAUGUGCAGUUCAUCAGACCCUUCAUACUGGAGAGAAGCCAUAUACAUGUGAAGUAUGUGGCCGUGGCUAUACUCAAAAGUCAAAACUUGUAAUUCAUUGGAGAAUUCAUAGCGGAGAGAAACCGUAUAAAUGUGAUGUAUGUGGCAAGGCCUUUAGUGUAAAGGCAAGGCUUGUACUUCAUCAGAGAGUUCAUACUGGAGAGAAACCAUAUAAAUGUGAUGUGUGUGGCAAGGCCUUUAGUGUAAAUGCAAGGCUUGUACUUCAUCAGAGAGUUCAUACUGGAGAGAAACCAUAUAAAUGUAAUAUGUGUGGAAAGGCUUUUAGUCGAAAUUCAGGCCUUGUAGUUCAUCAGAGAGUUCAUACUGGAGAGAAACUGUGUAAAUGUGAUGUAUGUGGACAGGCCUUUCGUUGAAAUUCAAUCCUUUUAAUUCAUCGGAGAAUUCAUACUGGAGAGAAACCUUACAAAUAUAACAAUUGGGACAAACAUUUUAGUGCACAGUCAUCCUUAUAUUGCCAUCAGGCAGUUCAUACAGGAGGAAAAGUGUAGAAAUGUAAUUUAUGUGGCAAAGUCUUCAGUUCCAGGUCUUUGCAGUUCAUUGGAAACAUAUUGGGGAGAAACCAUAUAAAUAAUAAGCUAUGUGGCAAGGCCUUGAGUCAAACGGCAAACCUUGCGUUUCAUCAGAGAAUUCCUACUGGAGAGAAACCAUGUAAAUGUGAUCUCAGUGGCAAGGCCUUUAAAUGCAAACCUUGCAGUUCAUUGGAGAAUUCAUACUGGAGAGAAACCUUACAAAUGUAACCAUUCUGACAGAUGUUUUACUGCACAGCUAGCCUCACCAUUGUGCAGUUCAAACAGGAGGGACAGCAUAGAAAUGUGAUGUAUAUGGACAGUGCUCGAAAUGACCAUCUAAGAAAUCAGAUAAUUUAUAGUGGAGAAAAAUGUUACAAAGACAACAAUCAUGAGAAACAUUUUAGUGCAGAUGUAAUGAGUGUAGCAAAGCCUUUAGUCAGAGUUCAGGCCUUAUAAUUAAUCAAAGAAUUCAUACUAUAUAGAAACCAUACAAAUGAAAGAAAUCUGGUAUAGCUUCUAGUGCAUGUUCAACCUCAACUGACCGUUGGGCAGCUCAUACAGGAGGGAAGCCACAUAAAUGGAAUUUAUAUGACAAACCCUUCAGUCAUAAAAUAUAUCAACUUUUUGACCCUCAGAAAAGUCAAACUAGAGGAAACCUCCUGAAUGUGGUAGGUGGGACAUAGCUUUGGUUCUGUGUUCAGACAUAACUAACCAUCACGUAAUUAAUUCUGAAUGGAAAUCUUACCCACUUAGUGCAUGAGGUAAGUCUUUUGGAAGGCAUUCAGUUAUUUACAGAACAUGAGAAAAUUCAUACUGGUGAGAAUUCAUACAUUUAGAGCACAGUCCGUCCCUCCAAUCUUAACAUUAAGAUUGGAGGAAAUCAUGUAAAUAUAAUGUGUGUGGCCAGGGCUUCAAUAACAGGUCUCAUCUUUCCCAUCAGCAGAGAAUUCAUAAUGCAGAGACACAAAUGUAAGAGUGUGGCAAAUCCUUCAGGUGGCAUUCAGGCCUCAAAAGACAUCAGGUGAUGGACUGGAGAGACCAUCCAAAUGCAAUCAGUGUGUCCAGGCUUUUGUCAGGUGUUUACACCUUAGGCUUCUUGAGAAUAUUCACACUGGAUAGAAAUUAUGUCAAUGUAAUGAGUGUGUCAGGGCUUUUAGACAAUAAUCCUAAGUCAGGAUUCAGUAAAGAAGUCAUUCUGGAGAGAAAGCUUACAAGUGACAUGAGUGUGUAAAACCUUUACUUUGGGCUCACAUUGCACCAGCCAUCAGAUGAUCCAUACUAGAGAGAACCUUACCAGUGUGCAGAAUAUGGCAAGACCUUUAGGUACUGCCUUAAACACAGUAUUCACAAAAUACUUUAUACUUUGGCAGUUUUAUACUUUACUUUAUGCUUUAUGGAUGUUUUCACAAUUAAUGCUCUUUAGGUGUGUAAAAAUACAUAUCCUGGGGUUAAACCACACAAAUAUAAUAUUUAUGGGAAGGAUUUUACCAAACAUCCAAGUUUGGGAACAUUCUGGAGCAAUGCUCAGAUGCAAUGGGAGUGGGAAAAUUUUCACUUUGAGUUGAAGUCUUAGACAAGACUCCAUAGUGAAGAGGAGUCUUGGAAACGGACAGGCAAGGGCUUUCUGGAGGGUUCAGAGUACACUAGACUUCAGAAUAUAUCUUUCUGAGAAACCACACAAAAGUAAUGUACACACUGAAGCUUUAACUCAAAGAUCAAAACCGUGGAACGUGAAAGGAGAGCAAACUUAGACAGGUAAUGAAUAUUGUGUAGUCUGUUCCAUAAAGAAGUGAUUCAUGUGUGUCAGAAACUGUACACUAUACCGAAUUUGGAAACAUGUUUAAGAAAACAUUUCCUCAAGAUUCCUCCCCCAAAAUUCAUAUUGGAGAGAAUCCUUAUAAUUGUAAUGAAUUUGGCCAACUUUUGUGACAGUUCUAACAACAGAUCACAGAAGAGAGAAUUCAUUUGAGGAAUAAAUAAAUCAGUUCUCCAGCACUAACGUACGAUAUAACUGCAGAAUAAUUAAGUAUGUUGAAACUUAAUCACAUGUGUGGAAAUGGCCCAUUAUCUUCAGUUUGUGUUUAAUUACUUGAAUUUUCUUGAGAAUGUCACAUUAUUGUUUAUGACAUUUCAUGAAAGUUUUAAAUUCUUAUAGCUUUCUUAGAGACUUUCAUGAUGGUCUCUGCAAAGAAAUCAGUAAGAUGAAGGGGCUGACUUCAUUAGGUGUGGUUCAUUUAUAUCUAUCCUGGUAAAACAGGGACACUGAGAUAUAUUCAAUGGUGUGUGAAUUAGGAUCGGCGAGGGACAGAGAACCAUGUAAAGCCGUGACAUGACUCAGCAUGCUCUUUAUGUUCAGGGCGCCCUUCUGUACACAGGUCACUGUGGUUAAAGGACUGAAUGCUCUACCAUCUGACCAUGACAAGAGCAGGCUGGACAUUGAGGGGCUUGGGCUUUUCAUGGGAGGUGGGUUGACAGGUUACUGGGGACUGAUUGUGUGGGAGAAAUAGUACCAGGGAAAUGGUGGUCCUUUACUCAGAAGGUAUCAUAAGUCUUGUGCGCUAACAAAGUUUGUAUCAUUGUUUCCAUAACUCGGAGUGAUCAUGUUUCUUCCAACAACACAGCUUUAAUCCACCUCAGUCCUUCGUAACAGAAACCAGCAAUGCCCCAAAGACUCUCAAGGUUGAAAGAAUCUCUAAGAGUUUCUUUACAUGGUGAAAUCAAAUAGACAAUUUUGGGAUUAUAUACUAACAAUACACACUUCAGUUAUUCUCUCCACACUUUGUGCAUAGCAGAGCAAUUAUAGAUUCUGGCCCUGUAAAACCUACCCCCCGUUUGUAUGUGCUCUGUAUGAUAUUUCCCAAUGUUAUCUUUUGUGCCCAAAUUAAAAGUAUGUGCCUGAUUUACAUGAAGUGAGAAUAGGAAUAAAAGUCAUGCAAAAAUUAGGAAAUAAAAAACUUUGGAAAUAAGGGUAAAAGUGACGUGUCUUUUGGAGCUUGGAGCAUUCUGGAAAAAAAAUUUUUUUUUUUUUUUGCUUAUUUAUUCUUGGCUGAAUAAUUGUGGCUCAUGGGGUCAGGAGCUCAACAGCAUAUGGGAAUUUCCCAGACCAGGAAUUAUCAGUCCCUUGUCUACUGCAUUAGUGGGCGAAUUCCUUACUGCUGAGCCACCACGGAAGCCCUGGAAAUAAUUUAGAAAGCACACUAUAUGAUGGGGACUUUUUUUGUUUGCUAAACUAGACAUUUCACAUAUUCAGUCCCCAACAUUUCGGUUCUUGUUACUUUGCAGUCCCCCACUGGAACAAGAUGGCACCAAAUAAAAUCUAAAAAUGUCAGUAGUGAAACAUCAAAAAAACACUGUGAGACUGUUUAACAAAACACUGAAUGUCCUCACGUGCUUUGAAUUUAUUACAUUCCUUUUCCUGCUGUACACAUAUUUUCUAUUGUAUAUGGUGUUGAAGAUGGUAUAAAUUAUUAUUAAUCUAUUUUUAGACAUAAAUUCCUAUUUACUGUCCAUUGCCUGUGACAUUUUUACACUAGCCUAAGAACAUUAGGAACAUUAAUGUUUGGAAAUAUUUAUUAGGUAAUAAAUAAAAGUCCAGAGUAUAUUA